AAUAUCUUAUAUCCGUUAUUGUGUCAGUUGAAUUAUGCAUUUCAAUAAAUUGGUGAUUCAUUACUAUAUAAAAUGUAACAUAAAGUCGAUAAGAACUUAUUGCUGAAUGAGUUGACUCACUAAGUUAAAUCAAUGGAAUAAACUGAGUCAAGUGAAUUGAAUCAUUAAAUUGAGUCAAAUUUCUCAUCAUCAAUGAUAUUUAAAAACCGUAACUUGUGUUAAAAUUAUUUCAUCAUAAUAAUGUAAAUGCAUGAAGUUAGUAACAAGUACGGACUAAGAUAAUAUUAGUUUGGUAUCUUGGUGGUCGACAAGAAUACGUCAGAGUUGGUUGUGCGGAAAUUGUCAAAACGAAAGUUGAUAAGAAUGACGAUUAGUUUGAUGAGUUAAAAAAUAAUAAAUAACAUUGUAGUUAAUAAACCUAUGCAGUUGAAUGCUUUGGUGACAAUGCAAUUGAUUGAUAAAUGCUGAAUAGAUAAUAUUUAAUCGCUACGAAUGUCAAUUUGUAAACGACCAGUAAUAUGUUUCGUUCAAAAAAAUUGGUUAAACCUGAAAACCUGCAUUCAUUGGAGUAUCUCAAAUAUAUUAACACGGUAUUAAGCAAAAAUCAAAAUGUUACUGAUGCCAAUCGAACAUUGAUUGUUGAUUCGUUUCGUAGUAUGGCUGAAAUUUUAAUAUGGGGUGAUCAAAAUAGUCCAGCAGUGUUUGAGUUUUUUUUAGAAAAUAAUAUGUUCAACUAUUUUCUUCAUAUAUUGGAUCAGAAAUGUGGAAAUUAUGUGUGUGUUCAAUUGCUUCAAACACUAAAUAUUAUAUUUGAAAAUAUUAAAAAUAAGACUGCUUUAUAUUAUUUACUCAGCAAUAACCAUGUUAAUAGCAUAAUUAUUAAUAAACUGGAUUUCUCAGAUGAGGAUGUUCUAGCAUACUACAUAUCUUUUUUAAAAACGUUAUCGUUUAAAUUAAAUUUAAAUACUAUUCAUUUUUUUUAUAAUGAGGCAACAAAUGAUUUUCCCCUUUACACAGAAGCAAUAAAGUUUUUUAAUCAUCCUGAUUCGAUGGUACGUACAUAUGUUCGUACAUUAACUCUAAAUGUAUAUAGAGUUGAAGAUGAAAGCAUGUUACGUUUUAUCAGAGACAAGACAUGUGCUCCAUAUUUUGGAAACUUGGUGUGGUUUAUGGGUAAACAUGUUUUAGAAUUAGAUGCAAGUGCUAGAGCUAAACCAGUUGAUGUCGAUACUCAAAAAAAUAUUCAAGAUCAGUAUAGAGUGAAACUCGCAGAUCUUGUCAGUUCUCAUUUAGAUGAUCUGCAUUAUUUAAAUGAUAUUUUAAGCUCAAAAGUGGAUAUGUUAAAUGAAGUACUGAUUGAUCAUUUGAUAGACAAACUGUUUGUACCAUAUUAUAUUCAUUCAUUAGCUCCACCAGAUAAAUACAUUAUUGUAGAAACAGAAGAAUUUGUAGAUGCUGUUAAACAACAGCCAUUAAUGAAUGGUGAUAUAUGUUUAUUUUUAUUAACGCAAGUAUUUUUAAUUAUUCAUCAAACUAAACUAAUUACACCAUUAGCUAAAUAUUUAUUGGGGAGCAAUGUCCCAGCGAAAAAAUCAAGUAAAUUUUAAAUUCUUAAUUUAGUUAUCAAAGAAACUCAAUUACGAGUUGAUGUACCAGUAACACCUGAAGAUGAAAAUGAGGUAAAAAUAGAAAAUGAAUCAAAUGAUAUUUUAGAUCUUAAAACCUUGACAUGUAUGAAUAUAACAGAUGAAGAAAAAGAAAUUCUUUUAUCUAAAAAUUAUCUAUUAGCUGAUUCUAUACGUAGUAGAUGUUUGGAAUCUAUAUACAACCAAUUAGCAAUUGAAAAAUCUGACAGUUCAGCAUUAUUUGGUGUUUGCUUAUUAUAUGCUAUAUCUGAAAAUACAAGUCUUUCCAAUGAAUAUUAUGAAGGAUUUUUAACUCCUAUUAAAAACAAUGAUUGUUCUUCAUUCGUCUUUUGUGAUGAAAGAAAUGAACUUAUUGAUAAGUUAGUUAAUAUAAUUACAGCUGCAUCUGAACCAGUAUGCUAUGUCCGUUCAGUUACAUUAGAAAUGGCCAUAAUGUUAUUGAAGAAACUUACAAUUCAUGAGGAAAAAACUUACAUAUCUGAUGAACAUAUUGCUAUUAUUUUCAAUGCUAAAGAAAAAAUUUUAACACUUCUUCGACAAUUUUUCAAAAAAGAAGAAAUGUUUUUAGAACUAUUUGAAGAUGAAUAUAAUGAAAUGCACAGAGAAAAACUUAAUGUUCAACGACUUUUAAGUGAUUCAACUUUAUUACUUCCACCAGCUCAUUCCCCAAUGACUGGAAUACCUCUUUCAAAACGUUUGCCAUGUGGUGAUGUUGAAAGAACAAGACAUUUUAUUUACUCUUUUCUAUUGAUAAGGAAAUUAUUAAUAACAUAUGAAGGUAAAGAAGAAUCACAACUACCUUUGGUUGAUAGAUCCAAAUGUUUUGUAUUUGAUACUCCUAUAAAUUUAAAUGGCAAUGAUUUAAUUACUUGUAUGAUAAUUGCUGAAAAUGGUGCAAAAACCAGACGGUACCUAUCAAUAAUUAGUAGUCAAUUAGUACUAGUUGAGCCACAUAGCCGAUUCCUUGGUUGGGGUGUUUGCAAAUUGUCUUGUUAUCUUCAAGAUGCCGAAGUUACUAAAAUUGACAAUGAAACUAAAACUUUGCACAUUACUAUGCAUAAUUCAAAAUAUAAAAUGACAAAUACUGUAAAAUUAAUGUUUGAUGAUCAUAUUCGAUGCAAUGCAGCUAGACAAAAAUUGUUGAAUGGUCGUAUAAAAGCAAGAAGAAAACAACUUAAUCAAAUCGCAAAUUUAUUAGAUAUGACUAUCUGCGAAACAAAUUAUGCACCGUGUAAUACGACACAAAAACCAAGACAUAGUUUGAGAAGUCAUUUUACUGAUGUUGCUGUGCAUACAUCUAAUUCUACCCAGUCUUGCCCUAUUUCAUUAAAAUCUACCAAUAGUGAUGAAUAUAGUACGGGGUCAAACUGUAGUAGUGUAAUACAUUCUAGAGAUCAAUCUCCUUGCACAAAAAGUAUUAAUAAUCAAGAAUUUUCCAAUCCACAAAAAGCAUCUAUCUCUCAGGAAAAAUCUGAACCAAAGCGAAAAGGAAGAAUUGAAACGGUUUAAAAAUUUAAAGCACUUAAAAUGUACCAAUUAAAAUAAUUCAGUGCUAAUUUAUGUAAUUGGUCUCAUAAAAUAGAUGUAUAAUUUAACUUUAAUUAACUUUGUAUUUUUUGUUAUCUGCGUUAACUUAUGUAUGUUGUAUUGGUUUAUUAUUUAUGGACAUAGUGUAUUUUUAUAAUUCCUUAUACAUAUUAUGUGAUUGAUUGUUUAUUUACU